ACCUCUUCCCAGACGGCGAAAGUGGAAGGUUAGUGCUCUUCCUUGCAAGCUCCCCCUCAAUCUCACCGACUGGUAUACCUCGGUUUUCCGGCACCCAUACCAGGUGAAGAGUGAACUGCUCUACCAUCACGCUAAGUGAUCUGCGGCCAUUCACUGCAGUUUGUACUCCUUGUUGUUUCGAGUACACUCGCCCUCUGUCUUUGUUUUCCAGAUUGGAUCCAUUAGUGUAGAACUGGGAAAUUCUGACUCCGUUGCCCCCUUCUAGAAAUUUUUACUUUAUACGCUUUUUCGAAAGUUGUUCUCGGUACGAAAUAGUCCGUUCCUUCCGGCAGAUUAAGUCCUUCCAGAAGCUAGCUAUGAACGUAGUUAUUCGCCUUCCAGCUAGAUGGUUCUCGCAGUCUGAUGGCCAGGCAACGGCAUAAUUGCAACAUACAUACAUACAUAUACAUAAGUCAUAUAAACCUCCACCAGUCCACCCCUGACCACUGACAACCCUCCAUUUCUGUGUACUUGUCUCAAUUAAUUGGCUGUUUGGCGAUUUUUCGUUGUGCACUGCGCCACACCAAUCGCUAUAGCAACCAACGUGUUGUCUCCAAAUAGGCAGUAACCACUUUACAUAUGUACAUACAUUUAAACAAAUGCAAACAUUGCUCAUUGUUGGCACCAGUUUUUGCUAAAUAUGCCAGCUAGUAGUCAGCCAACCAGCCAGCUGGUGUUGGCGAGCAUAACAAGCGCUUGAGUAAGUAAUUUGAUGACGGUCAGUGACUAAGUUCGCCCAAAAGUCAAUGCUCAAGUGUGGUAAUGAAAUUGUGAAAUGUGAUUUUGAAAAAAAAAAAAAAACACAAACAAAAAUACAAAAAACAAGGCAACAAAAAUUAAAUAUAGUAACUGUUUCGACAGCAUUCGGCGCCUAUGACGGCGGAAAGUAAGUAAGCAUUACUACUAAAACAAAGAGAAAGUUAUGUCCAAAGCAACGAAUGCUGGUAACAGCAGAUCAACAGAAGACGAAGAAGAACGUGAUCGCCUGGCAGAUGGCGCAGAAUCACGCUUUUCCUAUAGAUCCAGGCCUUUUUCUAGUCUUCCGCGUCGCUUUGCUUCUACGAAGAAUUGCGCAGUGGCCGAUGAUGAACGUAUGAGAAAUGAGAGUAAUAAAUUAAGAGAUUCCACAGCCAGGAGCCUCUCCCGGUUAAAUACGCUUACCUAUGAUAAUGCUGCUAUGGAAUUAAAUGAGAACAGCUCCAGCAGCACACAAAAUGGCUUUCAAAGUAGUGGCUUAAGUAUUUUUCCUCAAAUAAGUAAGAGUUCCGGAGCAAUCUCCUUGGAGAUGGAACAACUGCACGAUAUCAAGCGUGAAGAUGUUUUUGAGCAAGAAGAGUCCCUCUCCCAUUUGUCAUGGGACAGCAGCAGCAAUGAAAGAGUGUCUAUGCAUUCCUCGGAUGCGAGCGUUAGCUCUAAUGACGACGAUGCCACACGCGUGCUAAAUGAGCUAGACACGAUUUUGGACAUACACGGUGCUGCACAAUUACCCACAACCAAUUCAUUAGAAACUAAAGUUGAAGACUGUUUAUUGGAUUUAGAUAAUUAUCUAGAAGAGAUGGAUGAUUAUAGUUUUAGCAAUAACGAUGAGGAAGACAAAAGUUCCGUCGAACUGGAACGUUCACCAAGCCCCAAACGGUUGCCUACACGCCAACGCAAUCGGUCGCUGCCGAUGAGCCGGAAGAAAUGCGCACAGUUGAACAGAGAAAGUGAAAGUUUCGAGGAGGAAAGCGCGGAUCAGCGAAGUAGCCUGGAACGUGGGCAGCCUGUGAGACGCACAAUUACGCAUGCGAAAGAGAAGCAGUACGAGGAUCUUAUGGAACACUUGGAGCGUAUGCCGUUCGACGCUACACGCUUACCAAGCGAAGAAGCAUUCACUGAAUUAUUCAUCACAGAGGAAAAUAGUGGUGGGAACACAAACUUACAGGCAUCAGCGGCGCCUCCUUGGCAAGCAGAGGAACUGACGAGUGCUGCGUCCCAACAAACCUCAGCUGGCGACGAUUGUUUAGAGUAUGCAGCACGUCGCGCCGAAGAGGUAUGCACUGAUUUCACAGAGCACCACAGUAUUAGCACAACAACUACACCAGCGGACGCUGCAACAGCAGCUACGCCAGAGCCACAGCCUCUGCGACCAGAGCUCAGACGUUGCUACUCGCAAAAUCGCCUUAGCGCCGCCAGCACAAAUAGCCGCAGUGAAAUGCUGACGCAAGAGGACAUCUUUAAUAAUUUACUACUACAAAACGAUAACAAUAGCAGCACUUUGGUGAAUAGACCACGUCAGUUUGGUCGUCGUGCUGCUGGCCAACCGGCUGUGCUGUCCGUAAGGCCCGACAUAUUGGAGGGCAAUCACAGCUUCGGCGCAGCUAAUCACAAUCAACGCCCACAGAGCGCGCCCGCAAUAGCUGCGGGAACCCGGCGAGCGCAUAACGGUGUACACGCGACGACAGAGGAGCGACAUUCGAAUUUCUCCGAUUUAAGCUCAGCGCAUAGCUCCCGCAAUUCCAGUCCCAUAACCAUCGUUUCCAGCACAGAUUCAGCAUCAACGUCGGCUUCGACUAAUGGUCAUACCGCAGCUAUGACGCUCGUUACGAAUGGUCAUUACGAGCAUACGAAUACGGAACACAAUAACAGUACACAUGCGAGCGCACAGGGCAGCGAAAACGAGUGGCCGCAUAUGUGCUCGCGUGCUUUGGCGCUUGUCUGCUGCACAGUGGGGCUAUUCAAUAUGUCGCGCUUCGCUGUGCUGACCAUAGAGUAUGGUGGCAAUUUUGUGCUACAAUUCUUUUUGCUUUCAAUAUUCUUUGGCAUACCGCUAUUCCUGCUGCACGUCUGCUUGGGUUCCAGAAUUAAGGCGGGUCCCAUUUCGAUGUGGAAGAUUAGUCCCAUAUGUAGAGGCAUCGGCAUCGCUUUGGUGUUGGUGCAAUGUUUUAUAGCAAUUUACUCGACAGUGGCAGUAGCAUGGUUGCUCAUCUAUUUGCGAGAUGCGAUACCCAAUAAGGGUCAUACCGGUUAUUUGUGGCAGGAAAUGAUAAAUCCCUAUCGGCGGGCUACUAAUGGCUCCGCCAAUCUAACAGAGAGCAUCACCGAUUAUUUUAAUAUUGUGGUGCUGCAACGACUACAUCUUUUUAAGUCUGCGGAUGGGGGAAAUGUGCGAUUUAGAGUGAGCAAUCGGCUGGCUUUCAAUUUAGCCAUCAUUUGGGUGUUUGUAUUCUUGAUACUGUGUAAAGGACUGAAGUCGUUCGGUAAAGUAGUCUUUCUACUAACCAUUUUACCGCUCAUAGCUUUGGCUGCUGUAAUUUGUAAGCUUCUCUAUGUCGUGGAUCCGGCAAAGCUGCAGAAUAUUUUUACCCAGACAGACUUUAAUGACUUCUUCGAAAACUCCCAAAUGUGGGUAGCUGCCGCACAAGAAGUGUUCCUAACCUGGGGUCUACUCGGCUCAUCCGUGAUCUCCAUUACAAGCUGUACACAUGCGGCUGGACGUAGCGAAAUAUCAUUGCGACGCGAUGCCAUCUUUGCAAUUUUGAUUACACUCUUCAGUCUGUGUGUGGCGGCGCUAUUGGGCACAUUGUGUGUGCAAAUAUUGAAUCAACAUUCCUACAUCUAUGUGCCGGGUUCGUUUGAGACGCUCGAAUCUUCCAAGUCUGUGUUCUCACCAGAGUCAAUAACCAACUUGAACAUACUCUCGAUACCGGCCAAAUGGAUGCCACACUAUUCCAGCUUUAUUGGCGAAACCUAUCGGCGACAGCUGUUUCAUCAGGAGAGUGGCUACCAAGCGCUACGCUUCAUCAGCGAAGUCUUUCCAGCCACAUUGAUACUAUCACACGCGAGCGUGAAUUGGGUUUGGGCUGUGGUAGCUUUUGCUGCCUUAGCUGUGCUGGGCUUAUCGCAGUUGUGUGCUAUGUGGAAGCCGAUUGCCAGCGCAUUGGGCAACUCAAUCAGCGCUGUGUUGUUGAGUUGUGUUACAGCGCUGCUGUUGGGUGUGCCAUUCACCACCGAAAUCGGUGUAUCAAUACUCUAUUACAUGGAUUUGGUAUUGGGUGGCUCUUGGUUUGUGGCGAUUUUAUGGACAGCGCAGAUAUUUGGUGUAUUCCUGAUACGUGGACGUCCCUAUAACGGCGAUGAUUUAGUGAACAACUUGAAGUUCUCAAACACGUUAUCAGCAUUCACGGCGCUGGCAUGGAAUGUCUUACUGCCGAUUGGUUUGAUAACGCUCUCGGUGGUUAGCUACAAGACUUCGUUUUCCAAUCAAUUUUACUAUUGGCGUGGAAAGUCAUACUUUACGUAUUGGGCUAGGAAGGUGGCAGCCGCAGUGCAAAUUGGUUUUCUGCUGCUCAUACCCGUCACAGCGAUUGUACAAAUUUAUCGAUAUUUGUCAAAUGGACCGCCGGAUAUACUGGAUCGCAUCCAACUUCUCUAUCGCCCUGGCAACAGCAUACGCGAAAUUCGCAACAGUUCCUCUAGCGAUCGCAGUAGAACAGAUUUCGCACGACCUGGCAGCAAUGGCGCCGUUGGAAACCUAGAGCUAAACUCCUAUCAAGCACAAGAUGAUGCACCACCGAAAUAUACGCCACCACCAUCUUACACCACAGCAACUGGUGCACGUUUCGCUAAGAUCUUACGACAGAGCAUCAGGCGUAGCGUGAGACGUGUACUUGGCGAUCGUGGUCGCGCACGGCCCAUCCUUAGCAUUGACUCGGAGAGCAAUCAACCUACUACAUCACUACAUUCUCACCAUGAAGCUGAGAGUCCACACUACACUAGCGCUGAUAUACCGAUCAACAACACAGCAGCGUUCUCAUCAGAUCAAUCGCACAAUUUCGCCCGCAACUCAGGCGAACAGAUGCAACGUUCCCAUUCGCUGGGCCGCAAGUUGACUACAAAGCAUUCGAAUCAGCAGCAUCACAACACCAUCAGUAGUGGUGGUGGUGGUGUUGGUGGUGGUCAGCGCAAUUUGCGUGAGCCCUACACUGCUGACGAUGUGGUCACUGUACUGCGUUCGACCUCAGCUGUAGCGGCACAAACGCGUCCCGAAACAGUGGCGAUUGUGUCACCUUCGACCCCCGAACUGAGUGAUCUUUCAUCCCACAACUAUUCAUCUUUUCGUUCGAUUGAGAAUUUGGUGACAAAUGCAGCGCCGAUGGCGCGUAGUGCAGCCUUUGCAGCAAGAGGGACGUCUAUGGGCAGCAACGCCGAGAAUGAUGAUGUCGGCGCCGACGAAAGCGGAAGUAAUACAUCUGUGAUUUAAGUAAAAACAAUAGAGAAAAAAAGCUAACAAUUUUCGUACAUACAGAUGUGUGUAUGUAUUUAUUUGUAGGAGUACUGCUACA